AUGCUGCGAACGGACACUACCACUGCCAUCCCAGCUUGGUUCAUAACAACUGCUGUUAAAGCCCUUCCCACGGUCAUCACAAUAGCCAUUGCAGACUACGGUUCAUCAACUCAAAACACCGUCAUUACAAACACUUCUGACACAACCACUGUUGAUAGUCUUAUCUUGAGCGUGACUACCAUGCCAACCACAACGGCGACUAGAGAUGAUACACGCUUUGAUCAUCCCAGUGCGGGGACAACUGACGACAAGAGUGCCUUCUCAGCCAUGCACUUCGCACGAUAA